AUGAAGUCCAAUCUGAAGCAGUGCCGUCGGCUGGCCCUUGGCCUGAUGCUGAUCUGGGUGCUGGUCUUCCUGGCUCUCCUGUCUUACUUCAUGGAAUCACGAGUGGAUGAACCCCAUUCCUCGGCUUCCGUAUCCCACGCCGACACCCGCCGGCUCGCUUCCAUUCAGGGCAACCCGCGUCUUGUGGUGGCCUCCCGCCUGGAGCUGGCUACGGUCGCUCCCUUCGGCUCCAGCACCACCCAGCAGGGCCAGAGUGUGGAGCAGAGGCCCAGCGAUGAGUCCCCGGGCAGUCACCAGCAGGUCAGUCCAGAGGCCUACCUGGAUCCCCAGAGUCUGGCGGCCUGGUCUGCCUUCGGUACCCAGGACGUGAGCUCUCGUUCGGUCCUGGUGACCCGUAGCCGGGAGAGGCUGGAUCGGUUCCAGGACCAGGCAGCCAGGCCGCAGCUGGUGGAAGAAGGAGAAGAAGAAGACGAGGAGGAGGAAAACGAGGGAGGCGAAGAAGAGGAGGAGGAGGAGGAGGAGGUGGAGGCCACGGAGGAGAGACGAGCCAUGACGACGGCGAAGAGGGGAGGACGCUGGGAGGACUCGGACGAUCUGGAGGACUACUACUUCUCCAAGUCCAAGUCGGUGGUCCAACGACUGUGGCGCGGGAGCGUGUCCGCGGGCAUGCUCAGUCCGCGCCUGCAGAGGGCGAUGAAAGAAUACCUGAGCUCCAACAAACACGGGGUGACCUACAGGGGGCACCGGCGAGCUCAGCAGGGCGGCAGGCAGGUGGUCUGCGAUCUGAAGAGGCGGGCGAGGGUCCGGACUCUGGACGGGACCGAACUGCCGUUCUCGGAGCUGGGCUGGGACACCCUGGUGCCUCCCAGACCCCUGGAGCAGCUCUACGGCUCGGGCUUUGGCUCCUGUGCCGUGGUCACCUCCGCUGGAGCCAUCCUCCACUCCGCGCUCGGCAAGGAGAUCGAUUCCCAUGAUGCUGUGCUGCGGUUCAAUGCGGCACCUACGGAAGGUUACGAGAGAGACGUGGGAAAUAAGACCACCGUACGCAUAAUCAAUUCCCAGAUCCUGGCCAACCCUAAGCACCAGUUUAACACCAGCUCUCUCUAUAAGAAUGUGACUCUUGUGGCCUGGGAUCCUGCUCCAUACACUGUCAACCUGAACAAAUGGUACACCAGCCCAGACUACAACCUCUUCACUCCGUAUAUGGACCACAGGAAACGAUUCCCUGGCCAGCCAUUCUACAUCCUGCACCCCAAGUUCAUUUGGCAACUCUGGGACGUCAUCCAGGGGAACACCCUGGAAAACAUUCAACCCAACCCCCCCUCGUCUGGCUUUAUAGGCAUCAUGCUGAUGAUGAAUCUGUGUGAAGAGGUGCACGUUUACGAGUACAUCCCCUCUCUGAGGCAGACCGACCUGUGCCACUACCACGAGCGUUACUAUGACGCCGCCUGCACCCUGGGUGCCUACCAUCCGCUGCUGUACGAAAAGAUGCUGGUUCAGCGAAUGAAUACCGGAUCGGAAAACGACCUCAAGAGAAAAGGAAAGGUCACGCUCCCCGGCUUCUCCACCGUCCACUGUGACCCUUGA